UUUCCAUUUUAUCAAAAGUAAUAUAUUUUCUCUCGGAUUGUUUUGCUUUGCCUCUGUCUCUGUCUCUUUCUGUCUCUGUGUCUGUCUGUUUGCCGGGAAAGUUGCAGAGGAAAAAAAUGUGGUAUUUCUCUUUCUGGGUCUUAAAGAAACAAUGUUGGAAUUGAUUUUUCAAAAGAAAAAAAAAAUGGAGCUUAUGAGCUAUACUCUCAACGAAGUCCAGAUAAAAUUCUGCUUUGUUAUCAAGUUUUCUCAUUUGGGUGUUUCUAAAAAUUGAUCAAAGUUUGCUUCUUGUAGUGUUUUGUUUGUGUUUUUUUUUUUUUUUUUGUUUCUCAUUUUGAAUGGCGCAAGCAGAGAAUAUUGGAAGCAGAGAAAUAAGCCGACGAAUUCCCAUGCAAAUGAGGAAUUUCCCGAGAGAUCUGUUGCCGAGAAUUAUGGCUGGGAAUCAUUUUCAUGAGAAAAUGGAAGUGGAAGAGGGAAGCGAAGAAGAUAGGGAGGAGAUAGAGCUAAGUCUUGGGCUUUCACUGAAUGGUCGGUUUGGGGUGGACCCUGAAAGAGCAAAGAAGCUUAUGAGGUCGUCUUCGAUACCAGACUUUGUGAAGGAAGAAAAAGAGACAACGUGUGUGGUACCUAUGGCUUGUGCACCAACACCUUUGAUAAGGACUUGUUCUUUGCCUACGGAGACAGAGGAGCAGUGGAGGAAGAGGAAGGAGUUGCAGAGUCUGAGAAGAUUGGAAGCGAAGAGGAAAAGGUCGGAGAAGCAAAGGAAUUGGAAGGAUAAGAGGGUGGACAAUACUAAUAAUAAUAACAAUAUUAGUAGUAAUAAUAGUAAUGAUCAGAAAGAGAAAGAGCAGUGUGUGAAGGUUUUGAAUGAGUUUUCUUGGGGUUGUGAAAAAGGAAAUGGCUUGGAGGGGUUUUCACAACAACCAAUACCCUUAUCACAAGGCUCAAUUGGUUCCCAAGGGAGUGCCUCUUCUGGGAUUUCUGAAUCCGAAAGCCAACCAUCUCAGCCUCAAGGAAUGAACAAGUGCAUAGAAGUGAGAAGUCCCACCAGUGCUCACUCAACAGAAAGUGACCAGAAACCACCACUCUACAAUGGAAUGACAAUCACCGAAAAAUCAAGCAGGUGUGCUGCAGCUCUGAUGGAAAAUCAAUCUAAAAAACCUACGGAUGCUGACAAGGGAGUAGCUAAGGAGAUUGUGAGAAAUGUGUUGGAAGAUAUGCCUUGUGUGUCUACCAAAGGUGAUGGCCCCAAUGGAAAAAGGAUAGAAGGUUUUCUUUACAGAUAUAGGAAAGGUGAGGAAGUGAGGAUAGUGUGCGUUUGUCAUGGCAGCUUUCUAACUCCCGCAGAGUUUGUCAAGCAUGCUGGUGGUGGUGAUGUGGCACACCCUCUAAAACAUAUAGUUGUUAACCCCACUCCCAUUUUGUAAUGUUUAUCCUGUAUCCAUGUGAGGAAGACUACCAAAACGGUGGAUUCAUUUUCUCUUUCGUGUUUUUUAGUUUUCAAUUUUCUUGUCUUUCAAUGGAGUGGCACUCGUAUUGUAUUCAGUCAGUACAUGAAGCCUCUCGUUCAAAAGGUUAAAGUGGAUAUAGAGCAUUUUAAGUCCUUUCUUUUA